ACAGGAAUACGGAUAAGCGGUGGCUUGCAAAGGAAAGACAAAUGCUUAAACUGCGAAACGGAUUGCCAUCCUGAAUGAAACACAGAUGUUUUUUUUUCGACGGACACAUACAGGUUAUUACGACAACGAGCGACGACUCUCGCUGAUGCUCCAGAUUUCGUUACAUCUGCUCUUGCUCGUCUGCAGAAGAUCCAUCAUUGAGAUCUUGACAGCAUUACAGCCGAUGAGGGGUGCACCGGAUAUACUAUUUAUACCCAGACACACAGAGCAGCAAUAAUGCGAAUUGUCGAUUUUGUCACAGACAUUAGUUGUGCAAUGUAAUUUCAGUCCUCUCGCCUGCUUUCUAGAACGGAGAUGUAAAGGAAGCGAACGGGGUUUUUUUCACCGAGUAACAAACCUCCCAUCCAUUAUUUAAUUGAUGCAUGAUAAAUUCUGGUGUGGCAGAAAGAUUGGAAAAUAAAAUCAAGGACGGAUACCUCUUUACUGCUUCAAAUCAUAUCAAAUCUUUAUUUAUCUCCAGUCAGUGGACUCGCGGCAGAAGCCCAUUUCUGAGGGUACCGGUGGGGGAGAUAGGGGGAGAUAGAGACGCCGGAAAUAGCAGAAACAAAUCACAGGAGAGUAGACAAUUGGGAGCAAUAGUGAAAAUGCUUCCUUCGCAAGAAGCCUCAAAGAUUUACCAUGACAACUAUAUGCGUAACUCUCGAGCCAUCGGUGUCCUGUGGGCCAUCUUCACCAUCUGCUUCGCCACCAUCAACGUGGUAGUCUUCAUCCAGCCUUACUGGAUCGGGGACAGCGUGAGUACACCACAUGCCGGUUACUUCGGGUUGUUCCAUUACUGCGUGGGUGACGGUAACUCGAACCGGGAGCUGAUUUGCCAAGGAACAUUUUCCGACUUCAGCUCCAUCCCGUCCGGCGCGUUUAAGGCGGCCUCUUUCUUCGUGCUGCUGUCCAUGGUUCUCAUUUUGAGCUGCAUUGCCUGUAUGGCGCUCUUCUUCUUCUGCAACACCGCCACCGUUUACAAAACCUGCGCUUGGAUGCAGCUUCUGUGCGCUGUGUGCCUGGUGCUGGGCUGUUUGAUUUUCCCAGAUGGCUGGGAUGCAGAGGUAAUCCGGGAUAUGUGCGGAGAGGAGACAGGAAAAUACACACUGGGAAACUGUUCAGUGCGCUGGGCUUACAUACUGGCCAUCAUCGGAAUCCUAGAUGCUCUCAUUCUGUCCUUUCUUGCUUUUGUCCUUGGAAACCGCCAGAACGACUUUAUGCAUGAUGAAAUCAAAGCUGAAAAUAAAGAUUUGGCAGUAUCCAGGAUUGAGAUACGUGAUACGAAGGACCCUCGAUUCGGUGUCCAGCGGUUUCCGUGAGGAGACGGCAUCCUCCAUCCUUUAUCUUCUCCUCCAUUCCUCUCUCCUUGUCCUCAGGCCUGUGUCUCUUAACUCAGUCAGGAUGCUGCUAGUUCAGCUCUUUGUAAUAUAAAAAAAGACUGGAAUACACUUCAAGAAGAGAACAUAUUCAACAUAUACCUAUUUAAAAACCAUGAGAAUUUAAAAUCAGUAAAAAGAAGAAAAAAUCAGCUUUACAUAAACCAACAACUCUGGGAAAGUAACAUGUUACACAUAUUAUUAUUGCUAUUUAAUAAUGCUUUGAUGACAAUUAUGAUGAUAGUCAUGAUUAUGCUUGCAACAGCGAUAUAAUGUUCAGACUUUCAUAUUUUAUCUAAAAUGGGGAACAUAUUUCUAGCUUUAAGAAAAUGUAAUGAAUCAAUGCAUAUGUACAAGAGAUUGGGUGCUACUCUGGACACGCAGAUAAAAAGGGAAAAACAUCAAGCCAAAAAUUUAAAGAAAAAAAAAAGAAAAAAAAAAGAAAAAAAACAUUUUGUACAGCACAAGAUGUAAUUUUAAAGACCAUCUUUUUCUGACAAAUUUUUAAUUCCCCUCUUUGUACAUGUGGUCAGCAAUCAAAGUUAAAUGAUUAAUUAAAUAGUUAAUUUGUAAAUUCUAUAUUUAUAUUGAUACAGGGUACAGCCAUUAAGCAUUUAUUCACCCACAUCAUAUUCCUUCUACAAACUGGAGUGGACUUAGAAGAUUUAUUAAUUUAUCUCUCAGUUCACCUGAAGGUACCAAUAAUCACUCUAUGACUGUGCAACAGAAAAGACUAACAACAGUUAAAUACACAACUAUCCCACAGACAUCUAAUUUGACAUGCAAAUCUCUUCUUACAUUUCUUUUAAUCUUUUUUUAAACAUUUUUUUUUUUUUUUUUUUUUUUUUUACAGGAACAAUAUUUCCUUUUUCCCUGAACCUUUUAGAGAGAGUGAGAUAAAUUUAUCAAUAGGGAAUAGCAUGUGAACAUUCUUCAGACUCUGUUACAUUAAUUUCAUAAUUUGUCAUUUUCUGCAGCUUUUUGUGGUCAUUAUACCAAGGUGAAUUUUUCUUUCAUUGUUUUCAUUAAUCAUUUGUCUCGAGGAAAAGCCCUGCAUGCUGCAUUUUACUCAGGCCCAAUAUGUUCGUACCUGCCAUCUCCCACAUUAGAGCACAGUGGAACAGCACAAAGUUAAAAGUAACCCAUCUAGGUCACUACUGAGCCCUACACAGUCAUGAAUAUGACUACCUCUUUCCAAGGAAGAUGUGUAGCACAAUUAUUCACACAAUUUCUCAGCAUAAACUCACCAUUCAUUCAAUGGACUUAUGUGACUUUAUAUGCAAAAUGCAACAACCGAUUCUUGUAAUGAUGAUAUCAACAGUCCCAACUGCAAAUAAGACGAACAUUAAUAUUUUGUUAUAAAUCUCUUAAAUGUCUGCACCAUAGUGCACCAUUCAAACGAAAUCUGAAUUUGUGCAGAAUCAAUAUUGGUCGCAGGUUUUACUUUGUUUCAGUUCUCUCCACUUUGUGUUAAACGAUCUUGUAAAGGCAUGAUUUCUGCUAUGUGGCAAGAUCCAACACAGACCUGCAAUGUGUACUGGACAACACCAGUUUGGAUCACCUUAAGAGGAAAGCCCUGUUGGGGUAGGUCUGGCCCCUAGUCUGUGGCCCCUUGAGUGGCGGAUUUUGGAGAUGACAUGAGAAGGACUCAGAGCUGAAAAUAAAAUGUGAUGGACUCUAUGGUGCUUAAACCCUUUUCACCCUUAGAUAAAGACUGCUUUGCUGCUCCCCAUCUACCUCAGCCUUGAACCCCUCCUACUCUUGAUAUGCGACACUGGAAAACAAGCUUAAGAAUAAUGCUGAGAUCAGACGGAGAGUGGGGGUAUGAGGACCAGGAAGAAUAGUCUGCAUUGGACUUUGAGACUAAUGGCUUUCUAUUCCAUAACCUUAAAAUGCAGCUUCUGCAUAAACUCCUUGCAUCUCAUCAGUCACUACACUACUGUUAAAAAGUUAGGAAAUACUAAGACAUUUUUUGUUUGCUUGUUUAAACAACUUGAGAUUUUUAUUCACCUAGGAUGCAUCAAAUUAACCAGAAAUUACUGUAAAGAAAUUUACAAUGGUGUAUUAUAAAUGCGGCAUUAUUAAAACUCUGUUCAUCAAAGAGUCUUACAUGUGCAUCAUUCAGUAUUCAGCAGCUUAUUAAGGCAUUCUCCUGCUUUCUGCAGCCCUUACCAUACGUGUUUUGACUUGUUUUGGUAAUUCCCAUUAACCCCAGUUCAACACUAGAAACUUAAAUUAAUUUAUCUGUAAUACCUUUUUUGAAAAUAAUAAUAAUCACAAUAAUAAUUUACAAUCCAUUCUUUAUGUUUUCUUGCCCAUUUAAGCACUUUCUUCUGCCAGAGUCAUUUUUGAAAUGCCAACAGUACCUCUGUUUCACUGUGGAAGUUCAACUUUAAUGUGUACAGUUCAUUAAAGGGUUAGUUCACCCAAAAAUGAAAAUGAUGUCAUUAAUGGCUCACCCUCAUGUCGUUCCAAUCCCGUAAGACCUCCAUUCAUCUUCGGAACAAAGUUUAAGAUAUUUUAGAUUUAGUCUGAGAGCUUCCUGUUCUUCCAUUGAAAAUGUAUGUACGGUAUAUUGUCCAAGUCCAGAAAGGUAAUAAAACCAUCAUCAAAGUAGUGCAUGUGACAUCAGAGGGUCAGUUAGAAUUUGUUGAAGCAUGGAAAAUACAUUUUGGUCCAAAAAUAACAAGAACGACGACUUUAUUUAGCAUUGACUUCUCUUCCAGGUCUGUUGAGAGCACGUUCAUAGCACUGCAGUUUAGUGAUAUCCGGUUCGUGUAAGAAUCAUUCAAUUUAACCGGUUCUUCUUGAACCAGUUCACCAAAUCGAACUGAAUUGUUUGAAAUGGUUUGCGUCUCCAAUAAAGCAUUAAUCCAAAAAUGACUUAAGCUGUUUUAACGUGGCUGAUCACUCUCUCUGAGUCAAAAUAAACCAAUAUCCCGGAGUAAUUAAUUUACUCAAACAGUACACUGACUGAACUGCUGUGAAGAGAGAACUGAAGAUGAACACCGAGCCGAGCCGAGCCAGAUAAUGAACAAAGGAUUGACUCGUUCUCAGGUCAAGAACCGGUUGCACAGAACUAGAGACAAGUUAAGCAUCUGGGCUGUCCACUUCUUUCUGUGGUAGUUAGAUCCAGUUUUUGAUUAAUUAACUGUAAAUUAAUUAAAAUAAUUUUCCUGUAGCUCAAUUGGUAGAGCAUUGUGAUAUCAAGGUUGGGGAUUCAAUUCCACGGGAACACACGAAAAUUGAUAGCCUGAAUGCACUGUAAGUCGCUUUGGAUAAAAGCGUCUGCUAAAUGCAUAAAAAACAAAUUUUUAAUGUGUAAUGCUUGGUAAACAGAAGGAGGAAUUUCUUUCAAAAAACAUAAAAAAUGUCUUGGUUUGACCAAACUUGGUAGUGUAUUUCUGUAUCCAUCAUUCAUCAUUCACAUUUCAUUUUGUACAGUACAUCAUACAUUCAAAGCCUGUAAAACUACAAACAAAAAGUAUUUAAUGGUUAUUUCAACCUGGGUGCACUGUGCUGGUCAACCUUUAUUUUACAGGAAAAACACAAAGCAUGGACGUACAUACACAAACAGUACCCCCAAUGACAACUAGUUAUUAAAAAAAAAAAAAAAAGGCCACCUCAGAGGCAGUAUAUUUUUGCAGUAGGCUACUGAAUAUAAUUUCUUCUCAAAGCUAUUUAAAUUCUUUUUUCUAAUGCCUGUUGUAGCACUAAGCAAUUGUUACAGCAUACCAACUUUAAUUUAUACAAAAUGGUAUGUUGCAUUUUCAGAUAAUUCCACCUUGCACUAUAUAUGAUGGGUUGUUAACAUCCAUCAAACAUUACCAUAACCAAUGCCCAGCUGUUUUGGGGGGGUUUAUUUUUUUUAUCUUUUUUUUAAUUGAUUUAUGCAACAUUUUCAUCUCGACACAGUGUAGAUGUAGAAAGAAACUUUUCAAAGAAAUGUACUGGAUAGCCAGUAUUCAAAUCAUGUAAAACUAAUUUGAUAUUUACGAGUAUGUCUGUUAUCUUCAUUACCACACAACAUCCAUUCAAUUAAUCUCAUUUGAAACAACAUUCUCAUCCAACAUCCAGUCAUUAACAUUUAAGUUUAAAAACAAGUGUUUAUAGGCCCAUGUUACUGAAGGCUUAGUGUUUCGUUUAUUUUUGUUUUAGUUUCUCUUCUGUCUUAAAACACUUCUUUUAUUGAUCAACAAUUUAAAAAUAUAUAUAUAAAAAAAAUUAAGAACAAGACUACUGUGGAAAGAUGUGACAUGGUUGAUUUCUGAUGUUCACAUUGUCUCUUCUUGUGCUUCACAUGUGUAAUGCCUCUCUUUUAAAGUUUAUUGCUUUUUGCUCUAGUGGUAAAUGUUUUUCCCCCUCUGAUCUUUCUGGAAUGCUGUAAUCUCUAAACUAAACAAACAUGUAUACAAAUAUUUCUGCAAGUCAUAGGGGAGUGCAAAUUAACUGAAAUCGUCACCAUCACUGAAACAUUGUUGGUGUUGUUGUUUAAAAUAUUAAAAAACAAAAAACAUUGAGUACCAUGUUAUGGGUUUAUUUGGAGAGAAGGUACAAAUUGUACUUGGGUAUACAAAAAAUAAUAAUUAUAAUACAUGCUUUUAGAAACUGGAAAUAUUCCUUAUCAGUGCUUCAAAUAAAAAAAAUUAAAAAAAAGACAGAAAAAAAACAACAACACAAUAACGUCUCAUUUAAGAAAAAAAAAACAAAACCUAAAUGUUCAAACACCUCAUUUAAUUGUUUUGUUUUUCGGUAUGAACUUGUGUUUGUGUGCUAUAUUUAGCUGUAUCUGAAAAAGAAAAAUAUGCCGCAAGCCUGCUUGCACAUUACAUAACAAUUAUGGAAAAAUGUUGUAUGUGUGUCCAGUCUGGCAAUUGAUGGCAGAAAGCCACUUCCUGUAGCUCUGAUUAGCAGCACCAGGAGAAUGAAGGGCUAGAUCAAAAGGCUGGGCACUGACCAACACAGACAGGAUGGGCCAUGGCCAGAAUAGGUGCCAACAUACCAGCAGGCAUUAAACAGCAUCUUUGCUACUGCCAGGUGCAGCAAGCUGUGCUACAGAGAGAAACACCUCCACCCUGGGAGUAAUAGUAAUUGAAGUUGGCUUCACCAUAAAUUAAAAAAAAAAAGUGACAUAUUGUGUCCUGUUUUUGCUAUUUUUAAUUUGUCAUACAUUAAACAAUCUGUCAUACAUGAGAUGCAAUUUGUAUAAUUCACAUGGAGCUAUUUACAAAAUAUAUAUAUUUUUUUUAUUCCAUUAACUAAACUCAUUAACACUCGAUUGAUGUGAAAUAUCAAAUACUAAUAAUAAAUAUAAUGGGCCUAAUGUUAAUUCUUGAUUUAUAAUUCUUUAUUACAAAUUUUCAAUAUCGUGAUGAAAGAAUUUUGAAACAAUACACUGUGAUAUUCUUGUUCUAACUUUUCACACUAGUGGCUGUUAUAUAUUAAAAUGCUAUUACUAAUUUAAGAAAGCAACAAUUAGGGGAAAGCUCAACUGUAGAAGGGGUGGUCAUCAAACAAGAAUUUUGUAAAUUCUGAUGUCACAUGUUAAUUAGAAAUUGGAGCCAGUUAAAACUGUAGAAAACAUUGGGUUCUUUACAAGUUCUCCAGUCAUGUUAAAAGUUCUAUUUAGAACCAUACCCUUCUCCUUUACGGCUGAAACAGUUCUUGAUUUGUUUGUGUUGUUUUGUUUUGUUUGUGUGUUGUUUUGUUUUGUUUUGUGGGGGAUCUUUCAGAGCCACCUCACACUUGACUCCAGGCAGCUCAACCAUCCUGUCAACAAACUCUUCACAAGGC